ACACACCUUCUUCUUUGCGUCAUCCUCAACAAUGUCAAGCAUCCAACCACAGUGUGCUUGCUCAGCUUUCUUUGCAACAGAAGGCCAUCUACGUGAGCAUCUCGAAGAAUACCGGGUUAUUUACCCAUAAAUCUAAGUCAUACUACCUAGCUGACUUUACUCCAGUCCCGCGAACAGCACCUGCAAGCCGAACUUGAACGUUGCCGCACCCAUUUGAGGAUUAGUGGUGAUGAUUUUCAAAACAGAAACGACAACUAUCGAGGCGAAAGUGACGCCAACCAGAAUAGUUAUAUCAAAGAAGCAAAUCUUACGCGCACGAUAAAUCAUGUUGGGGCUCCCAAAGGGCAUUUUUGUCCAUCAUGUAAGCGAGGAAAGCCAUUUCCAAAAAUGCAGGGACUUCGACGUCAUUUCCAACAACAUGUCACAUGUGAGGAAGUAUGCGUGUGCUGUUUUAAAGUUUUCAGGACUGUGAGCGAGUUCAUUAGACAUGCCGACAAACAUGACGGAGCAGGCGAAAGAAAGCAGGCAUUUAUCAAGAAAACAUGCGAUGAAUUACGCGACCAAUCCGAUAAACAACUAGCUCUCGCCACGAGUCAAAGUCGGUCAGUAGUUGUCGCGGGAGAGAAACGGACGUGGGACGUGGCAGCUCUAAGCUCGGAGUUUUUGGAGGCUCAGCCCCAGUUGGACAGGACUGGCGUAAAGACUUUGAACCACCACCACAUAACUGAAGGUGAUAGCCUUAACCACCUCGAUCCAACUUGCAUUGGACUAUCUGCACCCCCAAUCUCGAUGCAGUCACCUAUGGUUAUACCACGGCUGACCAUGACUACCAAACCGGUUAAUAAUAACAGCUCCCCACACAUGUCAACAGAGGGGGUUUACUUCAACACAGGAGAAGGGCAAAUCCAAGGUCUUGACUUGCUACAAGAUUUUGAUGCUCCUAUUCUUCAGAUCAUGAACAGUGUCCCAGCAUUGACAGCCGGAUGGACGGUAGAAGACGCUAUUGUAGAUAUAACGGCAAACACUGAUGCUCCAGUAUACAGUACACAAUAAACUAUGAAAAUUACCCUCCUGUGCCUCCAGAACCCUCAAACCUGAAAUUAAGUCUGAUUUUUGUGCUCAGCAUUUCCAGUUCCCUGACUUUGUGCCUCAACCCCUCUGAGUAUGGAAGGAUCAUUUUUGCCCAGUUAGCGACGACUUCAUCCGUGGCAAAUAAAAACGUAAUGGCAUAUCCUUGGUCGAUCUGGAAGCCAAGCCUGGCAUCUAGGAUUAC